AUGGCAGCCCCCGAAGGCGUCGCCCACGGCAGUGCCUUCCGUACAACAUGGCCGCCUACAGAGAGCGCAUCGCCCCUCCCGCCCGGCCACCGGAAGUUUCCGUUUGAAACCCAGGCGGCAGACCCGGUCUGCGGUACGGCAGUUAUUGCUGAGCGUCUUUUGAACCAGAGCGACGAGGCCUGCGGGCAGGAGCAGCAGGCGUCUGGGCCCCAGCCGUGCCGCCUUGUUACGAUGACCAGCGUGGUCAAGACAGUGUACACCCUGCAGCCCCCCUCUGUGCUGAGCAGCGGCCUGUCCGCAGAUGCACAAACUAGAGCCACUUCUAAGAGCCUGUUACCUGUUAGGUCCAAAGAAGUCGAUGCUUCCCGACCUCACUCAGGAGAUUCAGAAAAUGAUGUUACAAAAAUCAUCAAACCAAGACGAGACAAUGGGCAGCUGAAAGCUACAGACACUGCCACCAGGAGGAACAUCAGGAAGAGCUACAAGCCACUGAGUAAAGAGAAAUCAGAGGAAGAGCUCAAGGAUAAGAACCAGCUCUUAGAGGCUGUCAACAAGCAGUUGCACCAGAAGUUGAUUGAAACUCAGGGAGAGCUGAAGGACUUGACCCAAAAAGUGGAGCUGCUGGAGAAGUUUCAGGACAGCUGUUUGGCAGUUUUGGAGAGCAAGGGCCUCAACCCAGGCAGUGAGACCCUGGCGUCACAGCAAGACUCCACCACGGAUCACAUGGACUCGAUGCUGCUGUUAGAAACUUUGCAAGAUGAACUGAAGCUUUUUAACGAAACAGCCAAAAAGCAGAUGGAGGAGUUACAGGCCUUAAAGGCAAAGUUGAAGAUAAAAGAAGAAGAGAGGGCCCAGUUCCUAGAACAACAGACCUUAUGUAACAGUCAAGUAAAUGAUUUUACAACAGCCCUUGAGGAAAUGGAGCAGCUAUUAGAAAUGUGAUAAAAAGCAGGUGGCCACAUGGCUCCCUCUUGGGGAUAAACUCUCAGAGAAAGCCACUUAAGACAUCUGCUUCUUGGCCAUGAUCUUCUAGGGCUCCCCAUCCCCAGAAUGAAAACAGUUUCUGCAAUAGGAUUAAGGACAGUUUAUGCUGGAAUGGCAAUUCCUCCUUUAAGCAAGCAUUCCCAGCCUUCAGAUUGGCCAGCUCUCCUGAACCUCACAACACGUAAUUGAGGCCCACAAGAAAGGUUGGAUCAACCUCCUAGGCAACAGAGCGGCACAGAAUUAGUAUCAGGAGACUAAACCAGCCACAGCCACAGAAGCCAAAAGGUCACAUUCAGACGUGUGGGAAGAAACAGUGGUGCACAGAUGCUCCACGGGAGACAUCACUGAGGAGCCCUGC